AUUCAAUAAAACAUGGGAUCCGGAUUAUCACAAGAAGCAGAUACACAACAACAGAGUGCAAACACAACGGCUAUAACUACAAGUUCGCGGUUGAACAACUUACCUCAUGACUAUGAAGCCAUUCUAAAGGAUGCAGAUUCUUCGGUGUAUAAGUCCUCAAUUGACCAGCUCUAUGCUGGUGUCUUCUUGAACAAAAAGAAAAAGCAGAAGUACUGGGUUGACAAGGCGUCGCACGCAAACUGUUUCAUGGUGUUUGCGAGGGACCUCUUUAUCACCUGGGGAGAAGACCCUCGUUAUUGGCACUGGCAGUGCAUUAAAGAAACAAGUGAAGUGGUAGAUGUUGCGGAAUUGUUAAAUGUUUGCUGGUUAGAAGUUUGUGGGAAAAUUGAGACGGCCAAACUAACACCAGGAAUCAAGUAUGAGGUUGUAUUUGUGGCGAUGCUGAAAGACCCUGCUUACGGGUGGCACGUUCCAGUCAAUAUCAAACUCACCCUACCGGACGGAAAUAAACAAGAACACAAAGAAAACUUGAUGGAAAAACCGAGAUGCAAGUGGUUUGAGAUACCAGUAGGGGAGUUUACCGUAGAUGCAAAAAAGGAAGGAUGUGUCGAGUUUUUCUUGUAUGAAUACGAAGACGGCGGUUGGAAGAAAGGUUUACUCAUUAAAGGCGCUGCUAUAAGACCAAAAUGUUGAAACUUCAUAUUUCGUAAUUCCUUAAUUCAGAUUCACAUGUAAGCUUCUAAAGGCCCUUGUCAAUGGGCCGUUCUCACGGCAUCGUUGCUACAGCCAAAUUCUCGCUCCCUCAUUCUCACCAUGCUUUGAGAAUUUGGUAGUAUUGUUGACCUACGCCUAAUUAGAGUUAUGCUUACAUAAAAACGGCUUAACCUGUCAUAAUAAGCUACAUUUGUGAUGCCUUCUAUGUGGUGUUCUUUUCAAAUGUUGACACGGAUAUUGGGUCAAUUGAGUAAAAACUUCCCCAAGUUUUAUUUUCA